CAGCGCCCCGUCUCGUCGCAAGCAGCGCAAGCGUUGCCGUUUGAAAUUUAUUUUUCCCCCCAAAGAAAUCACGCUCAUUCAUCAACGAAAAAUGUUCGCUUGAGAGCAGUUAUCGUCGUAUCCUUGGGCCCCCCGUAUCUAUCAAUAUAAGUGCUGCGUUGUUGGUUUUUCUCGUUGUUUUUGUAAGUUUUUUUUUUUUAUUUUGUUCAACAACAAAACGACGUACACAGUGUUUUAAAACGUUAUAUUGUUGGGACUACGGUGCCCCUAAAUACUGGAUACAACUUUCGUGAAUGACUGCCGAUAGCUGCUGAUACACCGAUUACGCACAACUGGCUCCGAACUUAGCAGCAAGCUAACCAUGGAUGACGCCCACUGCAAGACUGUGGACGAGGUGCUAAACUACUUUAGCACCGACUCUGAUAAAGGAUUAUCGCCCGAUCAAGUUAAGAGGAACCAGGAAAAGUAUGGCCUCAACGAACUGCCAGCUGAGGAGGGAAAAUCCAUCUGGCAACUCGUUUUGGAACAAUUUGACGACCUUCUAGUUAAGAUUCUUCUAUUAGCCGCUAUCAUAUCAUUCGUUCUAGCUUUAUUUGAAGAGCACGAUGACGCGUUCACGGCAUUCGUCGAGCCCUUCGUUAUUCUCCUUAUUCUUAUCGCGAACGCCGUUGUCGGUGUUUGGCAAGAACGUAACGCAGAAUCCGCGAUUGAGGCGCUCAAAGAGUACGAACCUGAAAUGGGAAAAGUUGUCCGAGGUGACAAAUCUGGUGUACAGAGGCUCAGGGCAAAGGAAAUUGUACCUGGUGAUAUAGUCGAGGUAUCGGUUGGUGACAAAAUACCGGCUGAUAUUCGUCUCACUAAAAUCUACUCAACUACACUAAGGAUUGACCAGUCCAUUCUCACCGGUGAAUCAGUUUCCGUCAUCAAACACACCGAGGCCAUCCCAGACCCACGUGCUGUCAAUCAGGAUAAGAAGAACAUUUUGUUCUCCGGAACUAACGUAGCCGCUGGAAAGGCGCGAGGCGUUGUAAUUGGAACCGGAUUGAAUACCGCCAUUGGUAAAAUCCGUACCGAGAUGUCGGAAACCGAGGAAAUCAAGACGCCGCUUCAGCAAAAACUCGACGAGUUCGGUGAACAAUUGUCGAAGGUAAUUUCGGUGAUUUGCGUCGCUGUCUGGGCGAUCAAUAUCGGUCACUUCAACGACCCGGCUCACGGAGGAUCAUGGAUCAAAGGUGCCAUCUACUACUUCAAAAUUGCCGUCGCCCUUGCCGUCGCUGCUAUUCCCGAAGGUCUUCCGGCCGUAAUCACGACUUGUCUUGCCCUCGGCACUCGUCGUAUGGCCAAGAAAAAUGCCAUCGUACGGUCACUUCCGUCCGUCGAAACCCUCGGUUGCACCUCCGUCAUCUGUUCCGAUAAAACUGGUACCUUGACCACCAAUCAGAUGUCCGUCAGCCGCAUGUUCACAUUCGAAAAAAUUGAGGGUAACGACAGCAGCUUCCACGAGUUCGAGAUAACCGGAUCGACCUACGAGCCGAUCGGUGAGAUAUUCCUCAAGGGUCAGAAGAUAAAGGGUAACGAUUUCGAGACGCUCCACGAGAUCGGAACGAUAUGCAUAAUGUGCAACGACUCUGCAAUCGAUUUCAACGAGUUCAAACAGGCCUUCGAGAAGGUCGGCGAGGCGACGGAAACCGCGCUUAUCGUUCUAGCCGAGAAGGUUAAUCCCUUCGGCGUUUCGAAGGCCGGUCUGGACCGUCGUGCAUCGGCUAUUGUAGUCAGGCAGGACAUCGAGACCAAGUGGAAGAAGGAGUUCACCCUGGAAUUCUCCCGCGACCGCAAGUCCAUGUCAUCCUACUGCGUCCCCCUGAAACCGUCUAAACUCGGCACCGGACCAAAACUCUUCGUCAAGGGAGCACCGGAGGGUGUCCUCGACAGAUGCACCCACGCCCGUGUCGGAACCCAGAAGUUCCCACUGACAUCGACCCUCAAGAACCGCAUUCUCGAACUCACCAGGCAAUACGGAACCGGACGCGACACCCUCCGUUGUCUCGCUCUCGCGACCGCCGACCACCCGAUGAAACCCGACGACAUGGACCUCGGCGACUCUACCAAAUUCUUCACCUACGAAAAGGAACUCACAUUCGUCGGUGUCGUUGGUAUGCUUGACCCGCCCCGAAAGGAGGUAUUCGACUCGAUUGUAAGAUGCCGUGCAGCCGGUAUUCGCGUAAUCGUUAUCACCGGUGACAACAAGGCAACCGCUGAAGCUAUCUGCCGACGCAUCGGUGUUUUCGGCGAGGACGAAGACACCACCGGAAAGUCAUACUCUGGUCGUGAAUUCGACGAUCUUCCUCUGUCCGAACAAAAGGCCGCAUGUGCCAGGGCCAGGCUCUUCUCCCGUGUCGAACCUGCGCACAAGUCUAAGAUCGUUGAAUUCCUUCAGGGAAUGAAUGAAAUCUCUGCUAUGACUGGUGACGGUGUCAAUGACGCUCCGGCCCUGAAGAAGGCUGAAAUCGGCAUUGCCAUGGGAUCUGGUACCGCUGUCGCUAAGUCCGCUUCUGAAAUGGUAUUGGCUGACGACAACUUCUCAUCUAUCGUCGCUGCCGUUGAGGAGGGUCGUGCUAUCUACAACAACAUGAAACAGUUUAUCCGUUAUCUCAUUUCGUCCAACAUUGGUGAAGUCGUAAGUAUUUUCCUCACUGCCGCCCUCGGUCUUCCGGAAGCUUUGAUCCCCGUUCAGCUCCUUUGGGUCAACUUGGUAACAGACGGUCUUCCUGCCACCGCGCUCGGUUUCAAUCCUCCAGAUCUCGACAUCAUGGACAAGCCCCCGCGCAAGGCUGACGAGUCCCUCAUUUCCGGAUGGCUGUUUUUCCGCUACAUGGCUAUUGGUGGAUACGUCGGUGCUGCUACCGUUGGAGGUGCUGCAUGGUGGUUCCUGUAUAGUCCCCACGGACCUCAGAUGAACUACUACCAGCUGACGCAUCACCUGGCCUGCAUCGGCGGUGGCGAUGAAUUCAAGGGUCUUGACUGCAAAGUCUUUACCGAUCCUCAUCCCAUGACAAUGGCUCUCUCGGUUCUCGUUACCAUUGAGAUGUUGAACGCUAUGAACAGCUUGUCCGAGAAUCAAUCUCUGAUCUCCAUGCCUCCAUGGUCGAACCUUUGGCUGAUCGCCUCGAUGGCUCUUUCUUUCACACUCCAUUUCGUCAUCCUCUACGUCGACGUACUAUCCUCCGUGUUCCAAGUGUGCCCCUUGACCCUGGACGAAUGGAUCACCGUAAUGAAGUUCUCCAUUCCAGUGGUACUUCUUGAUGAAACCCUGAAGUUUGUCGCCAGAAAAAUCACAGAUGGUGAGAACCCAAUAUACACCGUGCAUUGGAUUGUACUGAUGUGGGCUGUGUUCUUUGGAGCGAUACUAGUUUCUCCAAUCUAGAUAAAAUAAAAAUAAAAAAAACAAAAACAAAACAAAAACAGCAAAAAAAAAAAAAAAAAUCAAACAGAAAAGAAAAGAAAAAAAACCUCGUCUAAUAUUAGUUGAUCAAUAAUAAUAAUAAUAAUAAUAAUGUUUCUUUUUCCCGUGGGGGUAACGUUCAUAAAUAACUGAAUUACCUGGACUUGCAGUUGCAUUUAAUAUUGAACUUCCCCCAUGGCACGGGAGAAGUGACGAAAUGAAAGAGAGAAAAAAAAAAGCAAAAGAAAAAAUAACCAACAACCACAAAAAGAGAUAUAUAUAUAUAUAUAUAUAUAUAUAUAUAUAUAUGCGUAUAUGAAACAUAUAUACAUAUAUAACAAUAAUUAAUAAUAAUGAAUUAUUAACGAAGUGUGUUUAAGUGAGAUUUUUAACAAGUUUUUGGACUGCUGCGCAUGGUGUUAGUCAGUGCAAUCAUAACCGUGCGUCGUUACUAAAUGCUCCCACGAUGUCCCCCUGCCCUUCUUCUCCCCCUGUAGACAACAGCGUUACCACAACCGUCGCCAUAAAUUCUACCAACUCCAGUGGCUCCAAGUGUUUUUGAAUAUUCUACCGUUAUUCAAGAAUCAUGAUUUUUAAAUUAUUUUAUACAAGUGCCUUUUUAAGCAUUAACGUAUGUAAAUCGUAGCCAACUGACCUCAGUAUUGAUUCCGAUGACACGAUUUUCUGAUAAUACUGAUUAAAAGAAGAGAAAAACAAAAAAAGAAAAAAAAAAUGAAACGAGAAAAGAAAUAAAAAUUCACCGCACGUCAACAAGCAAUGCACUUAGUUUCGUCACAACACUUGGUGUGGGUGCAUUACAUUUAAAAAAAAAAGUUCAGUUUUAUUUUUUUCCCCUUAUGUGUCCGUAACUUGUGCACGCUGACUAAUUGCGCAUGCUGACUCCAUCGACAUUUUACCGUUUCACGAAUCGAACUGUGAAUACGAAUUCAAUGGUAAAUUAUGUUCACAUUCGUUGCCCGGUCGAAUUUAUCAAAGCAAUUUUUCUUCACAUAGACAAUUAAUUAAUUGCAACGGUAAUCAGUGCAUUGCAUUGUAGAGUAGAAUUGUAGAUUACACACACACACACACACACACAUAUAUUAUAUACAACCUAUCACAUAGUAGAUCAUUUCCCCCCUUAUUUUUUUCAUUAUUUGUUACGCGUAAAAAGCAAAUAGGUAUAUUCCAUUGCUAAUUUGAGGUAUUUCCCAUUUUAUGCGUAAAGAAGGUAAACGAAAAAAAUCAAAUGUACAUACCAAUACAUUAUUGUUAUUAUUAUUAUUAUUCCUAUUAUUAUUAUUAUUAUUCCUAUUAUUAUUAUAGGUAUGUUGAGAUAUUAGUGACAUAAUUUUAUUAUUUAUAUUAAUGCUUAGGGUUGAAAAGUUAUUUUUCAAAUACACAAAGUGGUAGAUUUAAUUAGCGAAAAGAGUGUAGGAGAAUAUAAUUGAAUGAAGGAAAAAUUACCAACAAAAACAAAGAAUAAAAAGAAGAGUUGCUUUUUUUUUUUUUUACAAAAGUGUCGAUGGAGAGGUAGAUAGGAAAUACAUACAUGUAGAUUAACUCGUGUUUUCUCACUUUUGCAUCUGUAGUUCCUCACUCACAAUCUUCACACAAUCAUCUGUGUUUACGUUGAACUGAGUUUAUCUUUUUUCCCUUCUAAUUCGAACUAAUUCCAGUGGUGAUAAUUAUUUUCGUACAUUCAUAGGUAUAUCUGCCCUUUUGUAAAUCCCAAAAUUUCUCUCUUUCUUUCAUUUACAGCUUUGUGAUUGACAAUUACACGUACAUGUAUAUAUAUGUGUGUGUGCAUUAACAUUCACAGUACCAGGUUUGCCUGCACCUUCGAGGAAGAAGCUGAAAUCGGAGUAGUAAACGUCGGGAGUAUCAACAUUUCGAAAGUAUUGCAAGAUAAAUUAUGUGCAUGGGGAAUUGGAUUGAAGAUGUUUCCACGACACACUAUUCGUAACGUGUCUUCCUUCACUCCCUCACCCAGAGCUUUUGUGCAUGUUCGUUGUACACGCUUAAUGUAGUUGCACCUCUGUCACCUACAGACACCCAUUCCUAAAUAAUUGUUCGAAAUUACCAUUACCAAAUAAUUCAAUCAUCUAAAUUAACGAUUAACAACUAAGUGACAUUGUUAUUCAACGUAACUAAUUAGUUUAUGUGGAUUUUACGUUAUGUAUACGAUGAUAUUUGUGUGGGUGUGAGUGCGCGUGUGUAUGCACAUCUAUUGGCAAUGCCGAUUCGAUGUUACGUAAGCGUAAUUUCUGUAUUUUUAUCCAAUUUCGUUAUCGACGGGGCACCAAUAACCCUUUGAACAUGAUUAGCAGAGAAAUCCUUGGACCAAGAUUUGUAGAUUCCUACUCAUCGAAGCGCUCAGAGCGAGGAAGAGACGAUAUUUGAAUAUUGAUAACGUAUGAUUUCGCUGAUAAAAAUUACCUAUAUUCAUUCACCCUACGCAAAAAGGACAGUGUUACCAUUGAUUGACUUUUAUCUGUUCAGAGUUUUGUUUAUAAUUUUUUGAACAAUUCUCAACGAUUCAGACGGUCUCAAACUUUGACCACGGAUUGGAUUAUUAUUAUUAUUUUUUUUUUUUUUUCUAAUAACUAACAACGUGUAUCGAAUUAAUUGUGAACGGUGUAAGAUGCAAAAGUAGAGAAUGUGCAAAACUGGGGUCUACUAAGGGUACAAAAAAAAAAAAAAAAAGAAAAAAAAAGAGUGAAAGAAAAAGAGGGAUAGAGGAAGAUGAUCGUGUGUAAAAGAAUUGUACAAACGACC